AUGCCCCGCCCCGCCGUCCUCGUUGUGUCACAGAUCGCGGGUCUCCGCGCCGCCUUUGAGGCGCGUGGCCUCGCCGGGCCGUGGAUCCGCUGGACCGAGACCGGUGAGGACCCGGCCCUGCAGCUGCAGUCAUGCGACGUACUGGUGGGCGAGCCGGCGCUGCUCGCGCCGCUGGUUGCGAGCGCGCCGCGCCUCGCGUGGCUGCAGUCGACCUUUGCGGGCUGCAACCAGCUGCUCGACGUGCCGCGGCGCGACUAUACGGUCACUCGGCUCGCCGGCUGCUUUGGGCCGGACAUGGGCGAGUACUGCACGCUGCACAUCCUCGCGCUCGAGCGGCAGUAUGAGGAGCAGCGCCGGAUGCAGAGCCGCGCCGAGUGGGCAGCCUCGCGCGCCUCGGCCGGCUUCACGUACCGUCGCCUCUCGUCGCUCACACUCGGCGUACUCGGCCUCGGAGACAUCGGCUCCGAGAUUGCUCGCGUCGCGCACCACGGGCUCCGGAUGAAGGUGAUCGGGUGCCGGCGCGACCCGACGCCUCGCGACACGGACGCGAGCGCCGGCGUGAGCCGUGUCCUCGGCAUGGACGGGCUGGCGGAGCUCUUCGCGAGCGCAGACUACAUCGUGUCGGUGCUUCCUUCGACGCCGGCGACGCGCGGGCUGAUUGACGGCAGCGUCCUCUCCGCCGCCGCCGCCUCGCGCCGCGACGGCGCGCACUCGCCCACGAAGCCGCCCGUGCUCAUCAACGUGGGGCGCGGCGACGUGAUUGGAGAGAGCACCGCCCUCGAGGCACUCGAGCGAGGCUGGCUGGGCCACUUUGUGAGCGAUGUCUUCGCUCCGGAGCCGCUGCGCGAAGAGUCGCCCCUCUGGGCUCACCCAAAGGCUACCGUCACAAGCCACAACUCGGCGGUGACUCAGCCGGAGGACGUCGCCGCCGCCUUCGCAGACAAUUUAGAGCGGUUUGAGCGCGGCGGCGUCGAGGCCCUGCGCGAAGGCGGAGCGACCUUUGACUGGGAGGCGGGAUACUGA